AUGGCGGAUGCGAGAGAAUUACAAGCGAAUCUUACCGAAUAUCGUGCUCAGUUCAGACAGGCGAGUUUCUUUUUAUGUUUGAAAGAUAUAAGAAUGAAUCAGGAUAGCCAAUUUUUAGCUCUACUGAGCUCUAUUUGAGUAUUCUUUCGAACAGUCCAUAAUUGAGAAGAAAACAUGUAAAUGUACGUUUUCCUGAACCAGGUCGAAGCCGCGCUGACGACGGAUCCAGAUAAUGAUGAACUCAUCAAGUUAAAACAAGAUUUACAGGUAAAGUUUACUCUUUGAUUGUUUUUAUAUGCUGAUAAAUCAUCUCUUUCGCGUUUGGCCUUUGAUUGUGUAGUGCAGUACUUCAACAGACAAAAGAGUUUCUCCGGUCAAAUGCACACAAAACCAAAUGAUUGCAGAAUAUUGAAGUUACUAUGUUCCCUCAAAUACUCAUGGUUAUUUACUUUAUUUUUGUUGUUGUUGUUGUUUUUUUUUUACUCCAGGAGGUGAUAAAUCUUACAUUAGAUCUUCUGAAGGUGAACGAGGUAAGGUUUACAUCAUGUAUGUAUUCAAUCAUUCUCUUUACAUCAGUAAACUACACAUUGCGAAGUUUACUGAAGUUAAGAUUGGCAUUCAGGUAAUACACAGUACGCCAUCAAGUGUAAAACUUCAAUAUUUUGAGUGUGCAACCGAUUUAGCACUAAGAAUAAAUCAUGCAUCAGUUAAAUAGACAAAGGAAAAUUUUCUCGGUUGAUCUUUUAGUCAUACUAAAGUUACAGCCACCUUUUUGAAGCAAAGCAAAUGAAAAGGAACAGAGGUCAUUUUUCCUGUUAAUUUGUUGACCCAUUCUAGAUAAUACUCAAGAGAUUGUCUUUGAAAAUUGCUCAAAGAAAUAUUCUUCCUGAGAUAAUUAUUAUUUAUGGUUGAAGUAUGAAAUUAAUUUCUGGUCACAAUGACAAGUUUGACUUGUUUUGUUUUUUCUUUAUCCUUUUCAAUUUGUUUUACAGUAGUCUCCAAACCUACAAAAACAUAUCAAACAGGAUUGAGAUAUUUGAAAACCUCAGUGUAUACUUUCUUGAUUCCCAUACAAUGUACAUAGAAAACAUGAGACCUGUCAAGAAUUCCAGAUGGUCUGUGAUGAAGAUUGAAUCAGCAGAUAUACAAACUUAAGGAUUGUAUGAUCACAUACUUGAUGUAUGAUAACAUAUGUGGGAAAGAUUUCACCUGUAUUGAGAUUCAUGUCAGACAUGUUUAAGAUCUUUUACAUGUGUGUGCCUCCUUUCUAUUAGAAAACUGUCAUUCCCUCGGCUGCCUUCAAAUGGAAAGUUGGACAAAAAUGUCAAGCUGUGUGGAGUCAGGAUGGAAGGUAAAAUCUGGAGCAUCACCAUGUUUCCUACAUUUUGUACUUUUUUUGAAUGAAGCCCUUAACCCUGUAUACCCAAACAUCAGUAUCCAUAUUCUACAUAUUGUGUUCUAUAUAAUUAUUUCCUAAGGUGCUGACAAGGAGAAUUUGUCUAACAAUCAGAAGCCUCGUUAAUUUGUGAUCAUUUCCUUUAUUCUUGUCACCUUUAUGAGUGAUUCAGAGGUGAUACUGUUAGGAGAUUUUAGAUGUUGGUCACUCUAAGGGCUCAAAGGGUUUAUUAAUAAAAUUAAUAUUCAAGGAGUGGUGUUUCAGCCAGAGGGAGAUAACGAAGUAUAUCUAGGGACCCUUCCUUGGAUUCAGGCAGGUGGAGAACACAGAAGCUGAAUUUUGUAAUCAUAAGAAUUGGUGUUAACUUUGUUCCUUUUCUUUUCUUUAAUUUGUGCUUUUGUUAUGGAGUUUGAUCAUAAAUAAGCUAUGAUGGUUAUUUUCUUUCUUCAGUUACUAUGAUGCAACUAUCGAUAGUAUAUCAGAAGACUUCACAACAUGCACAGUUUCAUUUGAAAAAUAUGGAAAUACAGAAAUUGUAAAGGUCAGUGAGUAAUAAGCUAUAUUAAUAGUUUCUGAAACAAGAAGUAUUUCCCACACUUACUGGAGCACAGAUUUAUCUUCAAAGUGCCACCAAGGUGAAAAGUGUUGCUCUGAUUCUCUCCCUCUUCUGAUGUUGCACUGUGUUUCAAGCCAUGCUGGUCUUUGUGGCAAAGUCAGGUUUUAUUUUUAUUUUUUUUAUUUUUCUUUUUUAAUAAAUCUCUUCCCACUUAACCCUUUAAUUCCUGUGAGUGACCAAGACAGAAUUUCUCCUUACAACAUCAAUACAAAAUCAAGAAGAAAAGUGAUGAGUACCAGGAAAAGUAUCAAUUGGGGGAUUAUUAGUUGAUCUAAUACCAAAUUCUCAGAAGUAACAUGAGAAGAAUUUUAUAGCAGACAGUAAGGAGAAUAACUAAAAAGAUCAUGGGAGUUAAAGGGUUAAAUUGUUCACUAUUACCAGAUUAUGUGUAUUGUACACUAUAUACUCCAUGAUUGUGAUUUAUUAAAGCUUGGGAAACACACACACAGCACAUGUGAACAAAACAUACCAGUGUGGGAAAGAGAAGCAAGAAUUUCACGUCAAAAUAUUCACAAAGUGACCAGAAAUCAAACAGUGUUGAUUCACACAGUGCAUUUCAAUUUCAUGCAGGUUUCAUCACUAAGAGAAAAAGAACAAGCUGAUUCCUCCGCACCUAAAAGGGUGGCUGAAACUAGCAUUAUGGCUGCACCAAGCACUUCAAAGAAAUCUAGGUACUGCUGUUCAUAAACUUGCAUGUGUACCUACUAUACCUCUUCUCAUCAGAUAAGAUUAUACCAGAGGUUAACUCAACCUUUUCAGGUCCUGUUCCUUUUUUUCACACAUUGUAGAUUAUCAUUUAAGUGGCCUAUUUGCUAAAUAUGACAUUGGAAAACAUUCUCUUUCCGAAAGGCAUGAAAGAGAAGUUUGGUUUCAAAGGCAGAAUCACCUUCACCAGAUUUAGCCUCAACCUAAAGAACAAACAAUAGCUAGAAUGAAAACCAGUGGGCCAAUAACUGCCAGAGUUAUGUGUUUCGCUUUCAGCAGCUUGAAUUAUCUAGGACUGCUGCUACUCCCCCCUGGAUGGGUUGCCAGUCAGUCAGGUUUUCCCAACAGUUCACUAGUAUCAUUUUACUCCUGGGAGUAGAAGGAGGCUUUGUGAAAGUUUACUUCUUGCUCAAUGGCCUGACUUUCUUGGUCAAGUCAUAAUUCUGAUGAAAUUCAACCCUUUACACCCUGACAUCAGUUUGUAUAUUCUCUGUACUGUUCGCUACACAUUUCCUAAGGCACAGACUAGAAGAAUUUGUUUAACAAUCAAGAGGUUCUUUAGUUGGUAAUCAUUUCCUUUAUUCUUGGGACCUUAAUGUGAGUGUUUCAGGGAUUAAUUUGUUGGGAGAAAUUAGAUGCUCGUCACUCCAAGGGGUUAAAGGGUUAAAUUGGAGAAACUACAUGUAAAGUCCUCUACUGACUUAAAGCACUUUCUAAUAUCCUUAACUUUCGAAAUUUAUUCAAUUUGUGCAAUUCAUGUUAAAUUGCAGUCUCUUUCAAUGAUUUCAAGACAUCUGUUUUAUUAAUUUUUUUUGUUUUUUUUUUUGCGAUAGGGCCAAUGAGGAUGCUCUUCGCGAACAGAAAAAGAAGAAAAUGAUGAAAAAGAAACAAAGAGCCAAGGUAAAGAGUUGUAAAUAAGAGAAGUCAGAGGUUUGGUGAAAUCAAACUACAAAACCUGCUCCAGCAAGAUACCAAAAUAUUGCAAAUCUACAAAAUUAAUAUCUUGUAGAAUUCUUGUUCUACACAGUAUUGUAUUGUCCAUUGAUUAAUCUGAGGGUCAUUGGCAAGCAACAGUCAUAACUAUACUGUUGCGACAUAGUGCAUGUUUGUAAAUUGCUUUGUACAUCUCUUCUAAGGAAAUUGAAGAACAAAGGGAAAAAGACAAACAGAACUGGUUGGAUUUCUUCCAUAAUUCAAAAGUAAGGAAGAGUGUGUGUGUUUUAUGAUAAUUUAAAUUACCAUUAUCAUUAUCAUCAUCAUCAUCAAUUUUUUUCCACUUUGGCAGUAUUUGUACAGUUGUUUUACUUACUCCUUCUUGUCAAAAAGCCUGAAUGGGUUUCUGCCAAAGUGUCAUGGAAAUGUUUACUUUUCUGGGUACAUCAUCAUGAAAAUCAUUUUACUCGACUCACACUUGUGCAGUUAAGGGAUGCAGAGGGCUGAUGGUUAUAAGCUAAACCCCAGAUCAAGGGAUCCAGAUUUAAGCCAUCAAGCCAUGGCCAAUUUAUUGUGUUCUAUUGUUUGGCAUGACACCUCUCUCUCAUAAUGCUCCUCUCCACCUCAUGAGUCUAAAUGGGUACUGGUGAACUCUCAGGGGGAGGGGGGUGUUGCCUAACCUGCUUUGAAGCAGCCUGCUUCAUGUUGCAGAAACUGGGGACAAGCAAGAGCAGUUAUGGGUGGCUAGGCCAGUAAGACACACGCAUAACUGACACCUUUGACGCAGUUAUGCAGACUUACUUAAGGACUCCCAAACCCAGGAAUGGAAGAGGUUAAAAUUAGGGACAAAACCUGUGGAGACAAUUUGUCCGUGAGCAGAAGAUGCCUCCAAAUAUUAAUACCUUCCUCCUCUUGCUUUGUGAAUGUUAAUUGAUCUUGUUCACCUACUGCAUAUCAAGAUAUGUUUUCCUAGGAUAAAAAACAUAUCAAACAACAUUGACAGGUUGUGAAGGAGCUGGAAGAGUCGGAUAUAAAAGCUUAUGUACAUAAGUUGUUUCAACUAUCUUUGUCUGCAGUUUUAGAUCAAUUGUAAUAUGUUUUUAGAAAUUAGGAAUGUUGAAUGGCCUCUUUUGGAGGGAACUUGUGUUAUUCUGCAGUCACGACACACUUAGCUAAGCAUACGUUUGUUUGUGGUUAUCAGACUUUUUUUUUCUGCUUGAUUUAGGGAGGUGGAUCCAGCAAAUCUGGAAAGAGUCUAAAGGGUGUGUCAAAAAAGAGCAUUUUUGCCUCCCCAGAAUCAAUACAGGGAAAGGUGAGUUAGUCUACUGCAAUGUAGCGAGUCUUGGCUUGAUAAUAAUUUUAAUGAUGAUACUGAUAAUAUUGGUGAUAAUAUGUGUUCUGUCAUGCGUUGCGCUACUCCCGUGCGAGUUGGGCAUGCCGGGGAAUUUUAGGUAAGUUGAGUCAUGUGCUGGCGGUGUUUUCAAAUUCUUGCUUCACCCUGAAAAUUUGUCAAAAUAAAUCACGGAGACGGCCUCGUUUUCAAAAAUUUUAACCUCUUCUCAGGGACGAGACUAAUGGACCAGAACAAUAAGAAAAGUGUGCAUUAAAAGGAGACUUAUCCAAAAUGUAGUUUGUACACUUGGAACAAUCUUGAAGAGCGUAAAGACCUGAUGUGAGAAGAAGCGAGGCGUACCGGAUAUUCUUAGUAAUGCAUAACUACCCGCCGUGCUAGGGAAACGGUUCAUCCUCUGAUUUAGGGGACAGUGCUGUGACUUGUCAUAAAUAUCCUGGCAUUUCUAGAAGCUGACAACAAUAACAACAUGAUAAUUUAUUUGAGAUGGCCAAAAACACCAACAUAAUUAUUCUUACCUUUCAAGGUUGGUGUUGGAACAUGUGGAAUCGGGGGACAACCCAUGACGCAGUUCACACAGCCAGACAAACUUGUUUACAAGAGAUGAUAAUUCCGUUAGUGUCACGCUGUCACGAAACCAAGAAGAGUGACAGUGUAUACGACUUUAAAAACUCUAUUAAAACUGUACAGACACAUUUUAAGUUUACACUCCAUAUAGAUGCACAAUCAACCUUGCAGUUUUGUGGGUCUUAGUGAUCUACAAAAGUUUUUAAAGAUGAAACUGAGAUCAGCAAAGAUUAUCUCUCCCAGUUCGCACAGCUGCUGAGAGAAAUAUGAAUCGUCGGAUUAGGAACGUCAGAGUGCAGUCUCAACUGACAUUUUCAGGGUUAAAUAACGAUUAGGAGGAUAGCUUUCGCUCUUCAUCUCGUUUUACCUCUCUAUAACCUAAACCAAUUUUGCCUUUAACUUGUUUGUUUUAUUUUGUUUUUCACCAAAGAUCGUGUUUAAUUAGACUAGUUUCACUUGUAAGCUUAAUGAAUUAAGGUUUUGAAUGGUGAAUCCUCCACUCAAAUAUAUUAACUCCUAAGAGGCGUUUUAUAAACAAUUUUGGUUAGUUGAAUUAAAAGAACAGGUUAAAUGCGUCCUCUUUAUUUUCCUGCUUUACCAUUGAUGGCAAUUCUCGCUUGUUCAAGAAAGAGAGACUUAAAAUAUCCUAUUUCUGAGCAAUAUCUCUGCUUGUUUAUCGUGUCUUUCUUAG